CUCAGCAAAGGAGAUUACUGACGCACUGUUAAAAUGUCUUCAGCAAAAUGGCUUUGAGCUUCAAUUUUUACAGGACCAUUUGUUGGCCUUUGCUUGUGACGGAGCAUCAGUAAUGCUUGGGAGGAAAGCAGGAGUAGCUGCACAACUUUGUCACAUAUUCCCUAACCUAUUUGUCUUGCAUUGUUCCAACCACAGACUGGAACUGGCAGUAUGUGAUGUUUUGAAGGAGGUUGGAGGAAUGAAUCACUUCAAUUUUUUUUUGGAUCAGCUAUACUCCCUCUACCAUGCAUCUCCAAAAAAUCAAAGAGAGCUAACUGAGAGUGCGCUCAGUGUUGGACAGCGCUUUCUUGUGAUAGGGCGUGUUUUGUCAGUGCGUUGGGUUGCUUCGAGUGAGAGAACAGUGAAAGCAGUAUGGGACAGCUACCAACCUCUGCAGAUACAUUUCAAAGCUGCUGCCGCUGAUACAACCAGGGAUUCAAGAGAAAGAGCAAAAUACAAAGGACUUCAUGACAUUCUCACUUCUGUCUCCUUUGUGGCUAAUCGAGGUGUCAUGUAUGAUGCUCUCUCAGAACUCAGUGACCUCUCAAGAAUGCUUCAGAGACGUGACAUGACAUUGGAUCAAGCCAAAAGGUUGCUGGAUCGGCAAAUCCGUGUGUUUGAGUCAAUGGUAUCCACACCAGGCCCACAAACACAAACUGCAGUUGAAGCAGAGAAGAAGAAAGUCUUUAGAAAUGUCCAGCUGCAUGAAAAUCCAAGAGUUCCAAAAAUAAAUCCUGGACAGUUCUUUCGUAGCUUGGCUGAAAAUGUGAGGUGCAGGAUGACUCCAACAACUUCCUCACAUGUCAGCACAACCUCACCUGAAAAUAAAGACAGUCUCUUCCUCAAAGACAUUCAGGUCCUCCAGUCUGACACUUGGCCAACAAACGGAAAUAUUCAGUAUGGAGAUGCAGAGGUCAGACGUUUAUGUGAGAGACUCAAAAUUGAGGAAAGGGAAAGUGUUUCAGGAUUUAGGGAGUACAAAGACAUAAAUGCUUCCAAGACACCAGCAGCCCUGGAGCCUCUUCUGAAAGCCGUCCACACUAUUGCAGUUUCAACGAGUGAAUGUGAGCGAGCUUUUAGUUCAAUGAAUGACAUCCUCACUGAUAAAAGAAAUUCGCUCGACAUCAAGAGGUUGUCAAACUUGAUGUUUGUGAAAUGCAAUGGACCACCCUUGGGACAGUUUGAUGCUCAAAUUUAGGUCAGAUCAUGGCUGGCAACAGGCAGAAGAAGCGCAACUUGUACGUCUUGUGAGGCACCAAGUGCAAAAAAAGUGGACCCCAAGAACUGUUGGGGCCUUUUCUAAAGAAAAUGACCAAGAAGAAUAAUGCUUUGGGUUUUUUUUUUUUUGUUUGUUUUUUUUGUAUUUACUGUUUUUUAUUUGGCUGGUCUAGUUUAUUGUUCAUAUACAUUGUGUAGUUUGAGGACAUAAGAAAUUUAUUUUCUAAGCAUGUUCUAUGCACUUUUCAAGAAGCUGUACAAAUGUGAAAGUGAAUUAAUGUUUUUAAGUUCUGGUAUAUUUAUGUAUAUUUUGAACAUUAUUUUGGCAGUAUUUUGAUCAGCACAUUUCAUUUAAUGACAGCAUCACAUAGUUUUUAAAUCUUAAGAAAAUGUUGCAUUUUUUGUUACAGUGUUGUUUUUUGCCUGGUUUUCUAUUAUUACAUAAAAUUAAAAAUGAAUGUUAUAACUGUGCACACAUUAAAAUAAUUUUACAAACACAUGUUA